GUUGAUCUUUUGCAGGCCUGGGCGAGACUCGAGGAAGAGGAGACCGCCUCCGCCAGGAUCGUCGGGCAGCGCGGAGGAGGAGGAGGAGGGGGCGGAGGAGGAGGUGGUGGAGGAGGAAGAGGAAGGCGCGCGACGGAGUCCGUAGCGCGGAAGUAGAGUAGGCGAUGUCAGUCUUCCCGGCAACGACGGCGGGGACCGCAACAAGCACAAUAAGAACAUCAGCAGCGACAACAGGCGCGACGACGAUGGGGAGGAGGACGACGACGACGACGACGACGGCGACGACGACGGCGACGGCGACGGCGACGACGACGCGGCGGUCGGCGUCCCGGCCUCGCCGACACGGCUGGUGGCGGUAUCGCGCGCUAGCGCUGUGCCCGAUCCCGACGCUGCUGUUGUUGCUGUCGACACUGCCAUUGCCAGCGGCGCGCGGCCUGCCUGCCGACAUAGUGCAAAAAUUCCACGACUCCGAGGUGGAGCGUAUGAACCACCUGGUGGUGGACAAGAACACCGGCCGGGUGUACGUGGGCGCGGUGAAUCGGUUGUACCAGCUGUCGCCGGACCUACUGUUGGUCGUGAAGGAGGUAACCGGGCCGAAGGGCGACUCCACAGCGUGCUCAAUGCUGGACUGCCCUCGCGAGGCGCAGAAACGGCCGGUCGACAACGUGAACAAGGCCCUGGUGAUCGAUUACACCACGACGAGGCUCAUCUCUUGCGGCAGCCUGUUCCAGGGCAUGUGCACGGUGCGCAACCUGCACAACAUCUCAGACGUAGUGCAGGAGGUGAAGGAGGCGGUGGUGGCUAAUAACGCGACCGCGUCAACGGUGGCGUUCAUAGCGCCAGGUCCGCCGAAUCCGCCGGUUUCGCAAGUCAUGUACGUCGGCGUGACCUUCACCGGCAACUCGCCUUACCGUUCGGAGGUGCCAGCGGUGAGCUCGCGUUCCCUCGACAAGGACAAGAUGCUGAAUAUCGCUGAAGCUGCGGUUACCACCGGCACUAGAAUGUACGUGAAUUCGUUGUCGCGCGAGCGCUACCCCAUCAACUACAUUUACGGCUUCAGCAGCGGUGGCUUCAGUUAUUUUCUCACCACCCAGAUGAAGAACACGGAGACGCCGAUCUACCUGUCGAAGUUAGUGCGCGUGUGCCAAGACGACGAGCAUUAUUACUCGUACACGGAGAUACCGAUCAACUGCACCAGCGACGAGAGGAUCUACAAUCUGGUGCAGGCAGCCUACGUCGGUAAGGCUGGCUCGGUGCUCGCCGGCGACCUCGGCAUCACCGCUCAGGACGACGUGCUGUUCGCCGUGUUCGCCGAGAGCGACGGACCCAACAGCGACGUGCCGCGUCCACACUCGGCCCUCUGCGUCUACUCCCUCAAAGCGAUCCGCCGGAAGUUCAUGAGCAACAUACAGAAGUGCUUCAGCGGAGAGGGACAGCGCGGCCUGGAGUUCAUCUCGCCGAGCCACAAGUGCAUAUCAACGAAACUGCAAACGAUCGGCGAGGAUUUCUGCGGUCUCGACGUGAACACGCCUUUAGGAGGCGAAGAGCCGAUGGGUGCAACUUCGGUGUUGACGUUUGAGACUCAUUUAACGGCAGUGGCGGCCACUUCAACCGGCGACUACACCGUCGUCUUCGUCGGCACCAAUAAGGGACAUCUCAAGAAGGUGGUCGUGGAGAGUUCGACGUUGGCGUUGGAAUACGGCGAUCUCGAGAUCGACCCUGGCUCCCCGGUGAACCCGGAUCUACUGUUCGAUUCGCAACUGAUGCAUCUCUACGUGCUGACGGAAAAGAAGGUCUCGAAGGUCAAGGUGCAAGAGUGCUCAGUCUACAAGACCUGCUGGGACUGCCUGGGCGCGAAAGACCCGUACUGCGGUUGGUGCUCGUUGGAGAAUAAAUGCAACCUGCGCAGCGACUGUCAGGACGCUGCCAAGGAUCCGCUCUAUUGGAUCUCCUACAAGAGCGGCCGAUGCACGACGAUCACCACCGUCACCCCGGACCAACUGCAGCGCACCACCGCCAGGACCCUCGAGCUCGUGAUCGAGAACCUGCCAACCCUGUCGGGCCAGUUCCUAUGCGCCUUCUCCGCCCUCGACAAGACCCUGAUCACGAACGCUUCGAGGAAGUCUUACGGCGUCAACUGCACCACUCCGAGAACCGACCUGUUGCCGUCGAUACCGCCGGGCCGGCAUCACUUCACGGCGAAAUUGUCCGUCAGGAUGACCAAUGGACCUGACCUAGUGGCGACGAACUUCACCUUCUUUGACUGCAACACGUACAGCUCGUGCACACAGUGCGUGUCAUCGAGCUUCCCGUGCGACUGGUGCGUGGAUGGCCAUCGAUGCACGCACGACACGGCGGAGAACUGUCGGAACGAUAUCCUCGUUACGGGAGUCAGCAGAAUGGGACCAAGCUACAGAAGUGGGCCAGGUUUUUGUCCUACUAUAAACGCCACCGAUUCUCAAGAGAUCCUCGUGUCUUCCGGCAUUAAAAAGGCGAUACGGGUCAAAGUGCAUAUCAUUGGGCAAUUCAUCAUACAAACGCGCUUCGUGUGCCAAUUCAACAUCGAGGGUCGCGUGACGAGCGUGAACGCGCGCCUCUUGGCCGACACGAUCUAUUGCGACGACACCGAGUUCUCCUACACUUCUCGCGCGCCGAAUAUCACGGUGCCCUUCGCCGUGAUCUGGGGCGGCUCCAAGCCCUUGGAUAAUCCGGACAACAUACACCUGGUGAUAUACAGAUGCCGCGACAUGGCGGACAACUGCGGUAUGUGUCUGGCCCUGCCGACGAAGUACGGCUGCGGCUGGUGCCAGACCUCGGACAGAUGCGAAGUGAGGGAUCAGUGUGACCGCGGUGUGGGCAUGUGGCUAAACAGCAAUUCCACUUGUCCAAAUCCGGAGAUACACACGUUCGAGCCGACAAUGGGUCCUUGGGAGGGCAACACGAACGUCACAAUACGGGGUAUCAACCUCGGCAAGACUUUCAAGGAUAUAGCUGGAGGCGUCACCGUGGCCGGGAUGCGAUGUCUACCCUACGAGGAGCUCUACAUACGAACGAAGCAGAUCGUGUGCCGAGUCGACGGGCCCGGCACACAGGAAGGCAGGAAUGGUCCCGUAAUCGUCAAGAUCGAGGAUUUCCGCGGAGAGUCCGACUACAACUUUGAGUUUGUGGAUCCGCAGAUCAUCUCGAUAUCGCCCAAGUACGGUCCCCUGAGCGGAGGCACCACCAUCAAGAUCACCGGCAACUACAUGAACGCCGGCAGCACCAUUCAUGCGGACAUCGACGACCUGCCCUGCUCCAUCAUAAGUGCUGAGCCUAACGAGGCUUUGUGCAUGACCAGUCCGAGCGAUCGGAAGCGAAGCGGCAUGCUGAAGAUGUCUUUCGAUGGCGGCAAGCGCCUUUACGAUGGCUUCUUCGAGUAUGUGGACGAUCCCACGAUCGAAAGCGUGGAGAGCGGCGUGGCCGGACAGAUGAAGGUGCCGAAGGGGAUUCCGGCUGGCGGAAUAAAGAUCUCGGUGACGGGCAAGAAUCUCGGCUACAUACAGAGCCCGCAGAUGUACGUCUACUUCGACGAGAAGAUGUUCGUGUCGCAGUGCGAGGUGCACAGUCAAGAGAGCAUGGUAUGCAAGUCGCCGACGAUCGAAGUGCCCGAUCACGUGAUACUCGACGCCGAGCGGCCGCUCUCUCUGGAGUACGGCUUUCGCAUGGACAACGUCACCGGCGUGCAGAAUCUCUCGCAGCACGGCUUCAAUCAUUUCCUCCUCUAUCCGAACCCGAUCUACGAGGUGUUCGACGAGGAGAUCAAGUACUACAAGAGCGACUACCUGACGAUCAACGGUCAGCAUCUCGACCGAGCCUGCCAAGAGUCCGAUGUAGUCGUGCAGAUAGGCAAUGCCUUUUGCAAUGUCACGUCCUUGUCGCGGCAGCAGCUCACUUGUCGGCCACCUUUGACACAGCCGCCAGCACUCGACUCUCAGGGCCUGCCGAACAAGCAGGAACUACCGGAGGUGAUACUGAUAGUGGGCGGUACUCUUCGUUACAACAUCGGCAAACUCAGCUACGCGUUACCAGCUGGACUCAAUGGGCCGUUGUCGAAGCCCGCGCUCAUCGGUGUGAUCGCCACCAUUGUGAUAUUGAUCUUCGUAUUCAUAGCAUUCCUCAUCGCCUACCGUAGAAAGUCCACCGAGAGCAAUAGAGUGCUGAAGAACAUGCAGGAGCAGAUGGACAUUCUGGAGCUGCGGGUCGCCGCUGAGUGCAAGGAAGCCUUCGCCGAACUGCAAACGGAAAUGACAGAUCUCACGGGCGAUCUGACCAGUGGUGGCAUACCGUUCCUUGAUUAUCGCACGUAUGCAAUGAUGAUAUUAUUCCCCAGUGACGACAACAGCCCGGUGCUGCAGUGGGAUAGGCCGGAAUUGGUGCGAAAAGAGAAAGGGCUACGUCUAUUCGGGCAGCUAAUAAUGAACAAGACCUUCUUAUUGCUGUUUGUACGCACACUCGAAAGCAAUCGUUAUUUCUCCAUGAGAGACCGCGUUAACGUCGCCAGUCUCAUUAUGGUUACGCUUCAGAGCAAAAUGGAGUAUUGCACGGACAUUCUGAAGACUCUUCUAGCGGAUCUCAUCGAGAAAUGUACCGAGGGCAAGAGUCAUCCUAAGUUGUUCCUUAGGCGAACCGAAAGUGUCGCUGAGAAGAUGCUGUCUGCUUGGUUCACCUUUCUCUUGUACAAAUUCAUGCGAGAGUGUGCUGGUGAACCGUUGUACGUGCUGUUUCGCGCGGUAAAACAGCAAGUUGAUAAGGGUCCUGUAGAUGCCAUUACAUCUGAAGCACGCUACUCUUUAUCGGAGGAGAAAUUGAUCAGGCAAUCCAUUGACUUUAAGCCCAUGACGGUCUACGUCUCAAUAUCGCAACAAACCGUAUUCGUUGGCGGGAUGGAUCCCAACACGGAAAACGUGCCGGUCAAGGUUCUCGAUUGUGACACGAUAUCUCAAGUGAAGGAGAAAGCGUUGGACACGAUUUACAGAGCAACUCCUUACAGCCAAAGACCGCGAAAGGACGACCUCGAUCUCGAAUGGCGAACUGGCGCAUCCGGUAGAUUAAUUCUCUACGACGAAGAUUCGACAACGAAGACGGAGGGCGAAUGGAAAAAGAGGAACACUUUGAAUCACUACAGGGUACCAGACGCAGCGUCGCUCAACUUAGUCUCCAAACAAUCUUCUAUAUAUAAUCUCUCGAUCUUGUCGGAGAAGACAGACAAAUCGCACAAGUAUGAGACUUUAAACCUCAGUAAGUUUAGCUCGGCCAGUCCUCCGCUCUCUCGCGCCACCUCGCCGCUCAAUCAGAACCACGACGGUGGUAUGAAGAUCUGGCAUUUGGUCAAGCACCACGACUCUGAUGCACGAAAGGAAGGCGACCGCGGUAACAAGAUGGUCUCGGAGAUAUACCUGACGAGGUUAUUAGCGACGAAGGGUACACUCCAGAAAUUCGUUGACGAUCUAUUUGAGACCAUAUUCAGCACUGCCCACCGCGGCUCGGCGCUUCCUCUCGCUAUUAAAUAUAUGUUUGACUUUAUGGAUGACCAAGCGCUGCAACACGGCAUAUCUGACCCUGAGGUGGUCCACACGUGGAAGAGCAAUUCCCUUCCGCUCAGGUUUUGGGUCAAUCUUAUAAAAAAUCCGAACUUCAUUUUCGACAUACACAAGUCCAACAUCGUGGACUCGUGUCUGUCCGUCGUGGCGCAGACGUUCAUGGACAGCUGCUCAACGUCGGACCAUAGAUUAGGUAAGGACUCUCCGAGUUCAAAACUGUUAUACGCGAAGGACAUUCCAGUGUACAAAGAGUGGGUAGAGCGUUACUACUCAGAUAUCAAAAUCAUGCCAGCCAUAUCUGAUCAAGACAUGAAUGCCAUGCUUGCCGAAGAAUCGAGGUUGCACACAACGGAGUUUAAUACGAACUGUGCUUUAUACGAUCUAUAUACGUACGCGGGUAAAUACAACGAACAACUGAUAGUCACUCUCGAGGAGGACGAGUUCUCGCAGAAGCAGAGACUGGCGUACAAACUCGAGCAAGUGCACAAUAUAAUGGCGGCGGACAACCCCUGAUGUACCAUGAAUUCCAUGAAGCACCCGACGAAGCCUGCUCGUCAAGAGUUACCUUGCUGAGCGGUCGAUCGCGGUUCGGUAUAUUCUCGACAGCGCGAACCGAAGGGGACUGACUGGCCUACCUUGUAAUCGAUUGUCUCAGGUUCCGUGCAAACAAGCCAGUUUUUCGCCAACUUAACGCGAAUCGCGCGAGUGAACUUUUGGGAGGACCCGCACGGCGAGUGCAUGCCGCUAGUUAACUAGGAAGUUAAUUAAAGGACUAAGUGUUACAAGGAAAGAGAUAUGUGUGUCGAGGAAGUCUUCUCAGAGGUCGCCGGUUCGUAAGGUGUGGCCAUAAUCAUAAGCACAUGCCGCGCGCGCAUAUUGUACAUAAGAUAUCAAAAAUCAUGAGUAAUUGUAAUAGGAUAUUAAAUAUACGAUCACACCUCGGCAUCCGAGCCGAGUGCAAGGGCAGAGAGAGAGAGAGAGAGAGAGAGAGAGAGAGAGAGAGAGAGAGAGAGAGAGAGAGAGAGAGAGAGAGAGAGAGAGAGAGAGAGAGAGAGAGAGAGAGAGAGAGAGAGGGAGCAGCGGGGCCGCGACGUUUUCCCCCCCUCGCUGCGCGCAAUGAUUUGCACGUUUUGCAUAAAUCGCGAGUGAUUUUAAGAUGAAUGUAAUAAUGAUGAAGCACUAGUGAUAAGGCGCGAGUGAGGGAAUCAUCAAGCCGGUCGAUUGAUAUUUGUAAAUGUGUUUAAAAAACAGUUGAUUGCCGGCGCUCGGGAGUUCGGCGAUCGGCGAUUUUUAACGAAGAAACAUUUCCAUCCACCGCUACUAGCUGAAAUUUUUUGAAUUAACGAACUGACGAAUUUUAAAAAAUUAACGGUAAUUACGGAUAAACAGUGAGUAAUUAAACGAUAUAUAAAUAUAUAUAUAUAUAUAAAUAUAUGGAUGGUAUGUCGUAUGUAUAUGUGUACAUAUAUACACUUUAUACCGGCGCAAGCAUGCCUGUUGUGUGCGUGUGCGUAUAUCUAGUAUCCGACGGAGAGGCGCGCGUGCGAGCAGUAGGCUGGCAAUUUACGCCGAGUUUUGCCAUAUACCUUUAUCACACAUGUGUACACACAAAACGGGACGUAGUUGGCGACGUCUCACUCUCGCUCACGCUUCGAAGCGCUAUUCUAAUUAUUCUCGUCGCUCCCGCGGCAACGCGCCGUACCGCACGCACGCGCGUAUUUACAUGGUGUAUUACGUAUACCUACACGACGCUCGCGAGAAAGAAAGGAAGGAAGGAAGAAAGACAGGAGGAAGUCAUCCGGCGCAACGGAGACAGACUGUGUAUUAGUUAAUAGGUAAUUAAUCUAUGGACUAUGGCCGCGCGCGAGGCCAGCUCGAUGUGACGGUUGUGUUGAGUGUGCGUGCUUCCCCUCCUUGGUCUCCGAAUCAUCGUUCCAUUUCGUCAUUUAAUCGUUCAUUCCCUAUCGUCGUGCAUCUAUCACCGAUGUCAUCGUCGCUACUCCAUAUAAUCACUGAUCUCUCUCCUUCCCAUCUCUUUUCAAGUCUCUUUCUCCUCCCUUAUCCCAUGCAAUGGCUAUUUCUAUUUUUCUCUCUCUCUCUCUCUCUCUCUCUCUCUCUCUCUCUCUCUCUCUCUCUCUCGUCUCCUUCAUACACCAUUUGUAGCAUGUCCAUUAUCAAAGCUCCUGCGCUCUUCCUUUUUACCUUCUUCACGAUUCAUCUCAUGCUACACUUUCAAUCCCCUCCCUUCCCCCUCUCUCUCUCUCUCUCUCUCUCUCUCUCGCUCCUCCUAGUCCCCUUCCUCAUCCCUCUUCCCUUGCCCCUUGUAAUGCUUCAACGCCUCCGUCGUCAUGUUGUUGUCACUCUUAAUUAUUGUAAUAUAUAAUGAAUAACGAUCACUGUUGAGUAUUGUCUGAUUGUAAUACAUUGAUAUUGAAUUGAUAUUGAAUUGAUAAUCAUUAAUUAAAGUGUAACAUUAACUCUGUGGAUGUAGCCAUAUUGGUGUGCAUGUGACAGCAAAUGGAACGAGUGUGUGUGCGUAUGUAUGCGUGCGUGCGUGAGUGUUUGUGGUGUGGAGAGCCGAAAGCAUUGCACACAGUACCCAGAAGGCAGCACACGUGUCGUUUUGGAGUUUCACGUCUGGGUGCUGACAUAUCGCCGGAAGGUCGCCGCCUCGGAAAAUAAAGAGUUGCCCGAUCGGGACGACUGCACGGAUUUGUUGCGCGUCUUUCUCGAAAAACUCUAUCGUUCCCCCUCGUAUCUAUACGCACAAAUCGCCAAAUCGCAAUACCGCGACCACUAUAAUGCCGCGCGUGAUAUUGAAAAUUCGCUCCUGCGGCACGCUCGAUUCCAGCUCUGCGACUUCACGCACUUUCGGGAAUAGGAAGCUAAACAGAUUCGAAGCCCGAGUGUUCUUCGCGCGAUCAGGCGUCAUCGAGUAUACUCACACAGCUCUCUCGCCCUUAUCCAACAGUGGCGUCAGUGUUCUGUCAAUGCGUGCGGCUGGCUGGUAAGCGCGAAUGACGAUGCCCGACGUGUAUGCGCGUGUGCGUGUGUCCUGUGCGUCAAUUCAAUGUGCAGUUGCACACUCGCUUGCACAACGGUUUGCACGCGUUUUUCCGCCCGACGAAGGCAGGAGCGCGUCGAACAGUCACGACUGCGAGCCACUGCCCACGAACCUGCAUGGUAAUCGACUAUGAUAGAACAUCAAAUGAUGGUAUAUAAGUAUGAUGGCAUUAGUGCUUCUUUACUAUACUCUUACGUAGUAACGGGAAUAUAAUAAAGAAAUACGAUGCAGUAUAUCUUAUAUAUUAUUGUUCUUUUAUCACAAUUGAUUUUAUACGUUCAUGAUUAGCGGCUCGAAAUCGUGAUCAGCUGACGCGUUUCUGACUUCUUAUCGGAGAAAAUGCGUGGCACGCCGUUGCGCAAACGAGUGUGUACGUGGAGAAAGUAUUUAUUGCUCAAAAAAGAAAAAAAAAGACAUCGGAAGAUCGCGGUAAGGAAGGUAAGGAAGCGGGAAGAAGAAUACGGAGUUGGUAGGCUCACGAGGGAGAGAGGAAUUGGGGGAGGGCGGGGUGGAAGGUCGCCGGAAGACGGGAAAGACAGUGGUAGGACGUACGCGGGUGGCGAAGGCAUCGCCAGACAGGGUAAUAAUCGCGUCUAGAGGAAGCCGCGACGGAAGAAGAGGCGAGAAAUGAUUAACGACUAACGAGACGACGACGGGUGACAGCCAAUUAAUCAACCAACCAACGCUUUCUCAAGGAUGAGGCGUGAAGACACGUGCUCUCACGUCGCUCGCCCGCUGUUCCGCGCAGGAGGACGGGGCGUGCGGUACCCUCCCCCGCGCACGCCGACUUCAAAUGGUACUAAUAAACCCAAAGUGCCUCUGGUAGAUUUUUGGGCAUAAGCUUGAGUAAUAAAGACUACAUAGCGUUUACUAUAAAAAAAAAAAAGAAAGGAAAGAAGAGAGGAAAAGAGAGACACGACUACGACGCGAUCGCUGAUUAUAAUAAAA